GAGAGAUCCAUUGUAACAAGUCAACCGCGUCUCACUCUCUCACUUUCCUCUCUGACAAACUUCACACACACACACACAAUCGCCUCUAAAUUACCAUUCUGCCCAUCCCUUCUCCCCUUCCAUACCAUUAAAGCCACACUUCUCCGCUCUCUUCCCACUCUCCCAUCCCAAUCGCUCGAAAUGUCGCAGACUCAAACCUCCUCUCUCUCCCAGUUUCGGCUGAGUAGCUCCGGUGACUUGGCACCCGGAAACGCCGACGAUUCGGGUCACCCUGGUUCGAACUCCGCCAAAUACAAGCUCAUGUCGCCGGCCAAGCUCCCGAUCUCGAGGUCCGCGUGCAUCACGAUCCCACCCGGGCUUAGCCCGACGUCAUUCCUCGAGUCCCCUGUGCUUCUCUCCAACAUGAAGGCAGAGCCCUCUCCGACCACCGGUUCCUUUAUGAAGCCUCAAGUGAUCCAUGGCCCUGCUAGUUCUGCUGCACAUCCGGGAACUACAGUUUGCUCCAACACCGAUUCCUUCAAUGAAAGAAAUCCCAGCUUCUUCGAAUUUAAACCUCAUGCCACAUCAAAUAUGGUUCCUGCAGAUCUGAACCACCAUAGAAAUGAACAAUCUAUCCAAGUCCAAGGUCAGUGCCAUCCUCACGCCUUUGCAUCAUCAGCAUCAGUGAAAAAUGAGAUGGCAGUUUCCUCAAACGAGUUGAGUCUUUCAGCACCAAUUCACAUGGUAACUUCAGGGGCUAGUGCACCGGCUGAAGUUGAUUCAGGUGAGCUAAACCAUAGAGGAACCCCAAAUACUGGGUUUCAAGCUUCACAAUCUGAGUCUAAAGGAGGUGGAAUUUCUGCUGUUGCUGAGAGGCCAUCGGAUGAUGGAUAUAACUGGCGAAAAUAUGGACAGAAACUUGUUAAAGGAUGUGAAUUUCCACGUAGCUAUUACAAAUGUACACAUCCUAACUGUGAAGUGAAAAAGCUGUUUGAGCGCUCUCAUGAUGGACAGAUUACUGAGAUUAUCUACAAGGGUACACAUGAUCAUCCUAAACCCCAACCAAGCCGUCGGUAUACUUCUGGUACCAUGAUGACUGUCCAAGAAGAAAGAUCUGAUAAGGCUCCAUCUUUAACUGGUCGAGAUGAGAAGUCUGGCAUCUAUGGACAAACAUCCCAUGCAGUUGAGCCAAAUGGUACUCCUGACCUAUCUCCUGUCAUGGCAAAUGAUGAUAGUCUAGAUGGUGCAGGUUCAACUCCAAAUAGGAACAAUGAUGAUGUUGAGGAUGAUGAUUUAUUCUCCAAACGGAGGAAAAUGGACAUUGGUGGGCUUGAUGUCACUCCAGUGGUUAAACCUAUCCGGGAACCACGUGUAGUUGUCCAAACUCUUAGUGAGGUAGAUAUACUGGAUGAUGGGUAUCGCUGGCGCAAAUAUGGGCAGAAAGUGGUCAGAGGUAAUCCUAAUCCAAGGAGCUACUACAAAUGUACAAAUGCUGGAUGCCCUGUUAGAAAACAUGUGGAGAGGGCAUCUCAUGAUCCCAAAGCAGUUAUAACCACAUAUGAGGGAAAACAUAAUCACGAUGUGCCUACUGCAAGGACAAGUAGCCAUGACACAGCAGGACACACAACUGUGAGUGGACCGUCAAGGAUUAUUAGAUCAGAAGAAAGUGAUACCAUUAGCCUUGAUCUUGGGGUUGGGAUCAGCUCAGCUGUUGAAAAUAGGUCCAACGAGCCCAGGCAGGCACAUCAUUCUGAAAUUCUGGGAGUCCAAUCUCACGCUAGCAAUUCAAAUUUUAAGGUGUUUCAAGCAACCCCAGUUUCAGCAUAUUUUGGUGUUCUAAGUACCGGCUUAAGUCGAUAUGGAUCAAGAGAAAAUCCAAGUGAAGGCCGAAAGAUUGAAAUUCCACCUUUAAACCAUUCCUCUUACCCAUUUCCACAGAACAUGGGAAAGAUACUGACGGGUCCUUGAGAUUCUUUACAAUGCAAUGAUAACAAAAAUAAAAUACGGUGUGAUUUAUUUUUUAUUUUUUACUUAUAUGUAUUUUCCUUUCUUUCUUCAGCAGUUGAGGACAAGAAGACGAGUCUCUAGAUGAAACAGGAUUCGUCUUAAUUUUACCUUAAUAUCUGAGAGCUGUUCUUGACAUUGACUGCCCCCAGCAAAUUUCUUUUAAGUCCAAUACUGUUUGUAUAAUGUUGACUUCUGGGUGAAACUCUGUAUAAAUAUGAAAUUAAGACUGGUGUAUGAUUUUCUGACAGGAAGACUUUAUUGUAACUUAAGAACUUGUACGAUAUUGGAAGGAAGUAUGGUUUCAUUUUCGCUUUCUAA